CACGGCUGGUUCUGCUCUAUGCUAAGAAACCUUUGCGGAUAAAACCAGUUUUCUUCUCUUGUCCUACAUAUGGAGAUUUAGUUGUGUAAAGAAGUGAAGAAACAUUGUUUAAGGAGGUUUCACUGAAAUAUGAACAAAUAAAAGAAGACUUGGUGCUGAUUAAAUUUGUUAGCCUUGCUGCUGAAGAUGGAGUUUAUUAAAGAAGAGUUUGUGAAAAAGGAGAGUGAAGAUGUCAGUAUUUCAGAACCCUUCAGUCUGAAGAAUGAAGACACUGAGAAACAAAAAGACUUGAUGAAGCUGAAAGAGGAAAGUGAAGAACUGAAUGAAGUGGAGGAGAAACCUCAUAAUCACAUGAGAAUGCACACUAUCAAGAAGCCUGUCACAUACUUUCAGUGUCUGAUACGUUUUGCAAAUAAAACGACCAUGAGAGCCCACGUGAUAUGUCAUACAGGAGAGAAGUUACACCAAUGUUCUCAGUGUGGAAAGAGUUUCAAUCAGGCAUCACAUCUCACUGUUCAUCAGCGCUUUCACUCUGGAGAACGGCCAUUUAGCUGUGAUCAGUGUGAUAAAACAUUUGUCUGUUCGUCACACCUGACAAGACACUUGAAAAUUCAUGCAAAUGAGAAGCCUUACAUGUGUUCUCUUUGUGGUAAGAGUUUUAAUUUGCUGGCGUAUUUUAAACAACACCAGACGAUACAUACUGGUGUGAAAGAUCAUGUGUGCGGAGAGUGUGGGAAAGCAUUUGUCCGAAUCGGUACCUUGAAGCAGCAUGAAAAAAUUCAUACAAGAGAAAAACCUUUCAAGUGUUCACAUUGUGAAAAGAGUUUUCCUUAUCGAAAACACCUCAUAACACAUGAGAAAGCGCAUACUGGAGAGAAGACGUAUGACUGCGCUCAAUGUAGGAGGAGUUUCAGCUCUUCAGGUAAUCUUGGGAGACACUUAAAGAAAAACUGCCCAAAGUUGUCACAGUGAGCAAACUGUAAUGAUAAUUUUAUUUAUAAUUCACAUUUUCAGUUAAUGAUAUAUAUUGGUACUUUGUGUGUGUGUGUGUGUGUGUGUGUGUGCGUGUGUGUGCGUGUUUUUGGGAUUUACGAGGACAAUUUUGUAAGUUACAAAUUAGUAAUUACAAGGGUAUUAUGCUAUAAAUGUGAUUUAUGAGGACAUUUCUAGUGUCCCCAUAAUUCAAAUCAGCUUAAAAAUCAUACUAAACAAUGUUUUAUUGAAAAUGUAAAAAUGCAGAAGGUUUUCUGUGAGGGUUAGGUUUAGGGGUUGUGUUAGGUUUAGAGGAUAGAAUCUAUAGUUUGUACAGUAUAAAAGUCAUUAUGUCUAUGGAAAGGCCUCAUAAUGAUAGGUAGACCAACGUGUGUGUGUGUGUGUGUGUGUGUGUGUGUGCGUCGCGUGCGUGCGUGCGUGCGUGCGCGCGCGCUGCCAAACUCGUUACCACCUAAACAGAGAGGCCGGGGCUCGAGGCCCCAGAGCCCCGACCCUCUGCACAUGCUUGGUGAGGCAUACUGAAUAAAGAAAAGUUGCAGAUUCAAGCACAACGAGAAGUGAUCCAGCAGCUAUUACCAUUGUGACAUUAUACCUUUUACCCUGUAAAUGUCAUGCACUUUGGAUAAAAGCAUUGAUUUCCUAUAAUUGCAUACGAUUCACAAACAUGAACAUGGUAUUUAGUUAUGUAAAAAAUGGAAACAAGAGUAAUACCAGUGUUAAAUGCAUUGAUCACCUAAACACAUAGCAACCACAAAUGCAUUCUUGGGGUAGGCUUUUGUGGUCUCCUUAAGUGACCAAUGAGCUGCUGCUUUUACUGAAAAAUUGACAAGAUGUCAUGCUGAUCUGAACGUUUUCAUCUACGUUUGCACACACAUUGCAAAUGCCAAUUUUAAUCCAAAGUAAUUCUCCCAAGUAUUUCUCUUGGGGAUUUUCCUACAACAAAAACAAAAUAAAGGAAGAAUAAAAUGGAGAACAAUCUUUUUUUUAUUAAACUGAAAGUCUUUUCAGUCCUUCACUGAAAGCUGCGUAUGGACAGGCAUUCAAGCCUUGAUGGGAUAAAUACACAAUAUUUUAUUCACACGGUACACCUGUUGUUAUUUCGGCAUGCUCCACCUGAAAGGGAGUCGGAAUAUCUGUAAUCCCUCCACCAUUUUGAAUUCAGCAAGUGUGUCAUACGUCAGACUGAAAAGAGUGAGAUCUCCGCAAGAGUCGAUAAGUGUGAUACCCGCAGACAAAAUCAAGUUGUUUGGAGUUGGCUAGUGUGCCACCAGUUUAAAGGGACUUUGCUCUUGUGGAAUUUAUUUGUAAAAAAAAAACAAAAAAAAUAAUUCAGGCUUGGUCAUAUGGUAGUUAAUUGUUGACUGCAACGUUAAUGUUAUUUCUUUUCUUACUAGGUGUAGUACAUUUGCAUAUUGUUUGUGUAUUUUGCUGAUUGUACUUUAUGAAAUUACCAGGAAUAAAUUUUUUUUUUUAAAUCUUAAUCCAGGAAACUGAAUA